AUGAGUGAACCUAAAGCCCCCCUUCAACCCGAGCCUCAGUACCAGCAUCCUUCCCAACCACCGCCCGAGUACGGUAGGGGCAUGUAUCCCGGGCAGCCGCAACCACCUCCACCCCAACAACAGUCCUACAACAUGCAUCCCCCACAGCAGCCCCCACCACAAGCCCCACCGAAAACACCAGCACAAAUUGGUGAGGAGUAUCGCUCAGCAUUAUAUGCUCAAUGUGCAGCUGGUGUGCACGAGCCGACAACAAAAUUUGGGAUCUGUGGUAUUAUAACAGCUGUAGUCUGCUUUCCUAUCGGCUUGAUAUGUUUGUUCAUGGAUACUGAGCAAAAAUGCAACAGAUGUGGUAUUAAACUACGCUAG